AGGACUUAUCACAUCAUCCUUCUUAGCUGUGUCCUUAGCAGCGUGGCAAUGAUUGGCUCAGCGUUUUCCCCUAACAUCACGUGUAUGAGCGUGACCUUCGGCGUUAUGCAAGGCUUCGCAAUGGGGCUUUUCCUCGCAUCUUCGGGGAUCUACAUCUUCCUUCAUUUCGACAAGUACAGGGCGACGGCAAUCUCGCUGAUGUACGGCGUUGGCUGGGGCGUAGCCGGCAUGUUUGGACAACUGGUGCUGUCCCGCCUGGUGGACAAAUAUGGCUUCCAAGGCGCCCUACUCUUGUUCGGAGGGAUCAUGAUGCACUCGAUUCCGAUCGUGAUGCUGGCAAAGAACCUUUCUCUGAUGUCUAUCGGUUGCAAGUGGCGUAAAAGUGCACCUGUUGAAAACCAGAAAUCGGAGCCGCAUGUCGCACGGAGCCAGGACAACGUCACAAAUCAAGGGAAUGCCGAAGGGCUGCAAGAGAAACAGCCCAUUGCCAAGUCAUCCGCCACUUGAAAGCAGUUCUCUGAGGCACACCCUGGGACUCUUCGUCAUGCCGUCCUUCUACGUGCUUGUUGCGGUCAACAUCAUCGACGAUUAUAGUAGUGUGCAGUUCUCCACGACAAUAGUGGACUACGCCAUCGACAAGGGCAUUGCACUGGAUACCGCGAAGACGCUGAUAUCUUUCUCGGCACUCGGCGCACUCAUCGGUCGUGUCGCGGUGCCCUUCCUUGCUGACAUCUUGCCACGCAUCCGCAAUCCGCUCUGCGUGCUGGGGUUCCUUUUAGUCAGUGCUGUGCUGUUUGCGAUGCCACACGUGCCGGUAUAUGCGGGUGUUGCGGGGCUCACCGUGAUGCACGGGAUCUGCAGAGGAACUCUAUUAUGCUUCAGGGCCGUCUUCUCCGCUGGGCUGCUUGGCGUCGAUCGGAUGGCCGCUUGUUGCGGCGUCACGGGCGUGACAAUGAUACCCCUUAGUCUAGUCAGCCCAAUGAUUCUAGGAUCCUACCGGGACGGAAAAGGCACGUACGAUGGAUUUUACCGGAUGCUAGCCGCGGUCAAUUUGGUGGCUGCCCUCGUCUUCGGCGUGUUUGCUGUGUGGAACCGAAGGCGAUGAAAUGGUACACGGACUAAUGGUGACUGCAAGAAGCAUAGUUGGAAUUCAUUGCAAACUUAUA